GCGUGGUUGAUUAUUCAAACAGGAAAUGUCAUUUAUCAGUUUAGUAACUUCCUAUAGGUGUAUGUACUUUCCUUGGAUUCAAAGAAGCGCAAGAUUUGAGUCCUGCCUGCAAUAAAACGACUCAUUCAACGUUCUAAGCUUAUUGCAUACUGAGAAGGAAUACCGACCCUAGUUCGCUACGCUUCAGGUACGCUUCAGCUGGUCAAAGAUACUCGAAUGAGUGAAUGAUCACAAUAUGGCUGGGAACAGAUUUGGGUUAUCAUCUCUUGAUUUCAAACGCCAACCGUUACUCGACAUCCCACUUCACAAUGAAUCCUUCUCAUAUGACAGUACACCUGUAGAAGACUUCCUCGCCGACCAAAACCCUGAUACUCUAAGGUCUUUGGUCUUCAAGUACUUCAUACCAAUUGCUGAAAUUCAGGUCAAUGUUUCAUCUGAACAAAAAUCGUUGAUGAAAAUGCUAGGAGAUUUAUACAAAGAUCCCCCUUCAAAUGCAAGAUCUUUGAUGACUUCUUUUUUCGGAAUCAGUUCACCAGAAACAGAGGACAUUGGAGAAUACAUGAUUCAUUCUGGCAGUUCUCGUGAAGAGCUGUUUUUACCCCCGUAUCAAGCACGGAACAGCGAUGAAUCUGCAGAUUCAGAAAUUGAUGUAUAUGAAUCAGCAGAUCUUGACGUCAUGCUUUUGAUCUCGCAACCGCUUAUGUGUAAACUCCCAGAAGCCAUGACCUCCGACAAUGCAUCUCCCUCUUCUAACGUUCAUUUAGUCAUGGACAACAAUGGCUGUCACUUGGGCUUCACUAGAAUACUCGUUGAAGGAAAUGUUGACGUUCUUCCAGAACCACUAAAGAAAUCUGUGAUCCAUUGUGAAGAAGGAAAUUACUUGUCAAGUGAAAUGUUUCUGUCCUCAAUUUAUGAUCCUCUUAAUUCUAGAUUUCAAACCGUGGAACAUCUUAAGGGAAGAAAGCUCACAAGGCAAGGUCCAGCUAUCAAUAUGAAAGUAUUAAACGAAGAUGAAUUGGUCAAAAGUAUUUUUGAUGGAGAUUUCGUCCCUACCAUUAAAUGUGAUGGAUUGCCUGACCAGCUGUUAGCUUGGCAAGAGCGGAUUCAAACUCGUCCAUGGCCACCUGAAGACAUUCGACUGCAAUUAUUCCAGAAACCAUGCUAUGCUGUUGGUGUAGGGUACCAUGGAAGUCCAGGAAAAGACAUGGAAUGGCGUCUUUCAGCAUCAGCUAUUGAAAGUGUACUGGGAUCAUCUCUGACAUUGGUUCAGAGAAAGUGCUACAUUCUAUUCAAAAUGCUGCACAAGACAGCUCUGAAGGAGCCUAAGCUGUUGGCGACAUACCAUCUGAAGAACAUCUUGUUUGAAGCACUAGAGGAAACGGAGGGCUCUGCUAGUAUGUGGACAGAGGUUAACCUUAUACCAUGCCUGUAUUUUUUGCUGGAUAAACUCAUUAGUCACCUGGAGAACGGAAGAGUGAUGAGCUACUUUAUUGAAGGCUACAAUCUCAUUGAUCACUAUCCAGCAGAGAAUAUUAAAGAAGUUCUGGAGAAAGUGAAGGCUGUCAGAAAAGCUCCAGAAAAAUACCUAAUGAUGUUUGACGCCAAAUUUGCCUUCGAUUUCAGCAAAGGCAAAAUCUUUCAAGAUGACUUUCAACCAUACUUCCAGCUUAGUAAACAGGAAAAGCCCGAUAAUGAUUUUCAGCUGCCUGCCCAUAGCAUUGUGAUGUCUCUUAUUCGUCAUGCUCAUUCUGAUAUAUCAAUGAAUGAACUAAUUAAGUACAACAGAGCUUUUGCUUUGUUGGAAGAUGCUUGGAAGAUCAUGAAAGUAGUAAAUCCAGAUUUCAAUGCAAACCAGUUUUCUUUCAUGUCUGACGUCACCUAUUCUGGGGUAGAAGUCGAUCAGUCUUGUAAAUUUCAGGAAUUCCUACGCACAAAGUAUCCCGAGGCGAUUGAAGCGAAUGAAAAUGUCAAAUCAAUCACAAGCAUGCUUGGUCUUCAACUUCCUGCCCAGGGAGAAGCCAGUCCUAUUUUUAAAGUGCUGACAUAUAGGAUGCUUGUUCUUGAGAGCUUCUGCGAAUCGAAAGAGCUUCAUGCUUCAGGAAUACAAGUCUUGAAUGCUGACAUCUAUUCUGGAACUGAACCAACAACCAUUGCCAUUUCUGGCACAAUGCAAAGAGCAAUGCUGAAGAUAGCUUUAUGGAUGACCAAGUUAUACGUCCCUGCCGUCAAGAGUCCAGAAGAAUUACAACUUAGAAAAGCAGCUGUUGCCAUGGAAGGAAUGAAAGAAUGUCUCGAGCUUUUAUCACAGACGACAUCCGAUUCAGACACGGGAAACAAUACAGCAUCUUUGCCAGAAGCCCUGACAGAAAAUGAUGAAUAUGUUCCCAAAGUUACAAACCGAUGAUUCCACAUUCGAACACGCAAAGGAGAUGGAAGAAAUGGUCGAAGCGGCGCCAAAGCCUAAAGACAAAGACACCACCACAGCCAAAUUGACAGCCUACGAAUUGUUCAUUCAAUACUUAAACGGCACUUUAGAUAUCAACCUUUAUUUUGUUUCUUCGUACAACACAAUCUUUCUAUUCCUGAUGUUUGGGGUGAAAAAGGAAGCAUGUAGGAUGUUAUUGCGCCUCAAUCCAACUUGUUUGUGGACCUUUUCGUUUCUGAAUGGUCCAUUCCUAGAAAUAGAGCUGAAGAAUUUGAAUCGCUAUGUGACUAAGUUCAUUUUCCCUGAUCACUUAUAUUCCUACAUAGAUUCAGUAGGUUCAUGUGCAGUCCAAAUUAAUUUUUUUCAGCACUUUCUUCUGAUUGAGUGCAGCACUGCUAACCCUGGCUUCUUUGAGGCCAGUGAGAUUGAGCAGGCUUUAACAUCUGCUUCCAAGGUUGUACGAGAUAUGAGUGCAAAAACGUCCAAGAAGCAUUAUGUCUUUCUGUUGUCCGUAAUCUACUUUAAGCUAAACAAAUUUGCUGAAGCACGAGGAUGUCUAGAAUCAAUUAUGAGUGACGUCGACGAGGAAUCCAAAGAAAUUGUCGAAGAAGCAUUGCAACUCUAUCAAUGCCUCCAAAUGUCAUUAGAAAUUUAAGUCCUUCUACGAGAACAAACGGCUCUUCAUAUUGCAAGGUAGCCUCUGUCAACUGUCAUAUUUUGCUGAGGAUAUAAAUUGUUAUAGAAGCAAACGUACUUCUACGAGAACUAAUAUGCUUCAUAUUGUAGGCAUAGGCUCUCUCCGUCUGCCAUAUAUUGCUGCAUGAUUAAUUAAGGAAAGAAAAUGAAAAGAAUUGGAACUUUAUUAGUGCCUUCAAAUGUCCCUAGACACUUAGAUAGUCCUUCUAACAAAUAUGCUUCAUUUUGUAAGAGAAUCUAGUCUGCCAUAGCUAGUUUGCUGCAUAAGAAUAAAUUAAGAUGUCCUUAUCACUAUGAAAGGUUCAUGUUAGAUGAAGUAAGUACCUGUACCUUGAGGUACCUGUGACCCUUCUUCAAAUAGGCGGUUAUGUUUAUAAAGCGAACGCGUAUUUGAAGGGGGAAUUGUUAUGAGUGAUAAUCACUUAGAACCCCUCCUUUUGUGGUAUUAGUAAGCAAUUUAAACAUCUCAAUAAUUUUAAAUCAUUUUAUUAAAUAAGAUCAAUAGAAUACAUAUGCAUGCUCCAAAAAAAUCAAUUGAUAGCAAACAGAAAAAAAAAGCACUUAAAUUAAAAUAUUGUCACCUGUGUAACGAGGAAAGUAUGGACCUUUUAUCAAAACGUUUUUAUAUGUAUAGUUAUAUAGGGUAAAUUAUCUAGAACCUAUCUGAUAAAAAACCUAUAUUUACAUAUACAUAAUAUGGUACGACCAGCGGGGUGUAAAUUCCAGAAAUGUGAAUUUUGCUUCAUCCUAUUAUUACGUCGACACAUAAAUAUUUUGUUUGAGUAACAGAUUUUUUUAAAAUAUUUUAUAUAUGUUUUUUUUAAGAUAGCAUAUUUGAUAUACACCCAAUUGCAAGAACUUCAAAAUAUAUAAACAUUUUUUUAUGCUUGUACAAAAUGUUACUGACGAUAGCUUUGAAACCUUUUCCCCAUUCAUAAGAUGCUUCACAAGGUUAUAAUCGUUAAAAAUGCAUAAAUGAAACUAGUGAUAAAUCCAAUGACGGGUUCGGUCCAAACUCAAUAAAUUAAAAGCAAAUUUGA